AUGAAAUCAAUACUUAAAAAUAAUAAUUAGAUUACAUUUAGUGAAGAAAACAGAGAAAUUAGAGCUAAUCUUCUUUCAUAUCAAGAAAGGUCUGAAGAUCAUGAGGAGUCAAAAAAUAACUAAACUGUUUAAGGCAAUAAGACUAUAUUGUACAAUCCUUACAGAAAUACAGUAGAUACUACUAUGAUUAAUGUAGAAGAGUUUAAUAGUUAGAAGCCUUUAGAUGUUUAUUUAAUGACUUCGUUCGAUGAAAAAGGCUAAUAAAGAAAACCAGGUCUUCUCAUAUGCAAGCACCCUCAUUUAAAAUUAGAUAAAAGGACCUUGUCAAAUUAGAAUAACAAUAAAGCUCCUAAAUAUGACAAACAAAAAAAAUAUUAUCCAACAUUCGACGAAGAAACUGGUUACUAAGGUCGCUUAUUUCCAAUCGACACCGAAACAGGCAAACAUGGACUCCUUUCUUAUUACUCUAAGUAAGUGAAGGGUUUCGAUAAGAUUAAAAUGUUAGUCUGUGUUACAAUGUAUGCGGAAGAGAGAGCUUUCUUAGAGAAUACUUUAAGACACAUUUAUAAUAACAUAGAAUUUUUUGAAAAGGAAGCUGGUGUUCAUCAAAGUCAAAUUGCUGUGGUUGUUUUACAAGAUGGUAUAAUGAAAAUGAGGUAGGAAACUGUUGAUUUUUACUCCCAUAUAGAUGAAAGCUUGAAAAGACCUUGUCAUCUUUAAAACCGUAGGAAUAUAAUAGAUUAACAAAUAAAAUUCUUGAAAUACACAAAACAAGAAGCAACUCUUGAGUCUAAUCAAAAUUUCCCUAAUACAAUUCCUGCAAAAACUACUCUUCUCUAUUAAAACCAAAUUUAGUUCAAUGACUUAAACGAAUUAAAGGUUAAUUUGGGUGAUUAAAAUUUUGACCAAAAUCACAUGGACACAACAAAAAGUGGCUUAAUUGUUUUUUCUGCUUUUAAGCAUUUGAACUCUAAAAAGCUCUCCUCGCAUUUAUGGUUUUUUGAAGGUUUUUGCCAAUAAUUUAAGCCUAAGUAUUGUGCAUUAGUUGACGUCGGUACACUUCCUGCAAAAGAUGGACUAGUUAAAUUCUACAUGGCCUUAGAAGGAAACGAUAAAAUUGGAGGAGUUUGUGGAUUUUUGGGUUUAGAAGAGCCAUAGAUUGGUGAAGAAAAAAGUGAAAGAGAAAUGAUGGCUAUCUAAAAAGAAGCUGAAAAAAAAAUCAAAGAACAAAAGAGACUAAUAAGAGAUGAGUGGCAAGACCAAAAAAAAGAGAAAAAAUAAAACCAAAAAACUCAUAUUCAACAAAAAGUAAAUUAAGAAGAUGACUAAAAAUAAAAGUCAGAGGAAAUAAGAAUAGAAAAACUAAAGAGAAUUAAGGAUACUAAGAACAAAGUUAAUUUAAAGAUUCAAUUAAUUCUAUUUCCAAUUACUCUUUUAUACAUCAUCUUUAAGAAAAUCCUAUUUGAUUUUAUCAUCUAUAACAUUUUUUGGUUUAUUUUUAAAAUCAUUCAAUAUACUUUACUUGGUUUCUUGCGCUUAGGUAGUUUGAAAAAUGCAUAACUAUAUGAGUACACAAUUGCUCACAUGGUUGAUAAAAACUUUGAAUCUUUGUUAGGAUUCUUGCAUGUCUUACCUGGUGCUUGGUCUGCUUAUAGAUAUGAGGCACUACAAGUUAAAUUUGAAGGUAGAGAAACUAUUUUACAGAAGGCUUACUUCAAAUAAUUAUUAAAUCCAAGAAGACUUGAGGGUAAUAUUUAUGAAGCUAAUAUGUUUUUGGCUGAAGAUAGAAUUCUCUGUCUAGGUUUGUAUUGCCAGCCUCAAAAAGAUUAUAUCUUAAAAUAUAUCCCAGAUGCUUAUGCUUUUACUGAUCCUGUAGGAACAUUAGAAGAAUUCAUGAGUUAAAGAAGACGUUGGAUAAAUAGUACAAACUAUGCCUUGGAUUAUGUUCUGAAACAUUAUAGAGGUUUUGUUGAGGAUAGUGGUCAUACUUCUUUAUAGAAAAAGAUUAUACUUCCUUUUAAUAUGUUUUUUGCAGCUUUGGGUAAGUUUAAUACUUACAUGCUUCCAGCUUUCUACAUUUUUGUAGCAAUUAUGUGCAGCUACUAGUUUUUAAAUCCUGAUCUAUAGCAAGGCUACUAGCUUUAUGUAGAUGAAAAUAAAACAGAAAAAUGUUAAUAAAUGGAUACAUAACCAGAUGAUUAGAUGUGCAAUCCUUUAGUAGAACUUAAAAAAUAAACUCUUUGCUAUUAAAUUUGUACAAUUAAAGAUGAUCCAUCAUUUGCAUUAAUAGCCUUGAAUUUGAUUCCUGCAAUCUUCAUAGUUUGCAUUCUAUGCAUUAUAUUUGCAAGUUUAGUUUUGAAGGUUAAAGGAGGCAAUAAACAACUAUAUAAUAAAAUUAUAGAAUAGAGCUUGGAAGAUCAUGAGCUUAAUGAAAUUGGUAGACUUAGAAAUGAGCUAGAGCAGAAGUUGUAAGAUGAAAGAUCUAGAAACGCUGCUGUAUAAAAAAUAAGAAAAAUAGAAAUACAAUAUGAAAAAAAGAUACAUGACAUAAAAGAGAGAAAAGGAAAUUAUACAAUUAGAGAGUUAUAAGAAAUUAAACAAGAGAGCAUUCACACUUUAAAGACAAAGAAAUUCGAGCUUAAAAAAUUGGUUGACUAACUUAAAACUCAAGAAUUUGGUAUGACUGUGUUCAAGGUUCUUUCUGCUAUCAUCUCAGUUAGUUCUUUGCUAAUUGCUGGUAUUGUUUUAGUAAGCGUAGCACUUAAUAUUUACAACAGAAAGAACAAUGUUAUAGUUGGCUUUAAAGAGCUUGAUAAUACCUUGUACUGGUAUAUCAUAGCUCUUUUGGCUACAAAUGUUGCCAGUUAUGUGAUUAUUGCCGUUGUUCAUAUCUGCCCUCAAUACAAACUUGUGUGGUUCAUGUUUAAGUCAUGGUUUAGUUUCACCAUUUAUUAGCCUAUAUACAAUCAUGUCCUUUUAAUCUAUGCAUUUUGUAAUGUUGAUGAUGUUACAUGGGGAACAAAAGGUAUCGGCAAAGACUCUGAAAAGACAAACUUUUAUUUAAAUAAAGUUUAGUUUGUUGGUAAAUGGUUAUUGUUAAAUGCAGUUUUCGUAACACUGCUAAUAUCAGUCAAUUUAUUCUUUGCUUAGACUCCCUACGUUAUGCUAGGAAUAGGUACAUAUGGUACAUCCUAUCUUGCUAUCAAGAGUAUAUUGGCAGCAGUUAAUUAUCUCAGAUACUUUUGCUAUGAAAAGAAAAAAUAUUAUAAGAAAGUUACUCUUUAUAAUACUAAUUUUGAAAAUCCUUCUGCUAAAGCUGCAGCACUCUAAGAAUUUGAAGAAUUCAGGUUAAGAGGAGGUAGAUAAUACAGAGAGUCUAAUUUAUUACAAGAUUUAAAGUGA